AUCUAAAACAACACUGAGCUCCCACAGUCAACAAGCUCUGCCUUUGAUGCUCACGGCACUGAAAGUGUUAAAAGGCUCCGCUCAGAUCCUGGGUGGUUUUGGGCUGGGUUUGUAGUCAGGAGUCCUUUUGCAACCCUUGGACACGGGUUGUACAAACGCCAGAGAAGGAUCAUGGCUGAGUUAACAGAAGAGCAUGUUCUUGAAGCAGACUACGAUCCCAAGGCGUACAUGGAAUUCUUUAACUUAAAUGAAAACAGCUUGGAGUACGAGUUCAUCAAGUUUGUGCUAAGACAUCACUACAAAACCUUCACCCCAGGUGCCGUCAAAGGCGACACUCUGAUUAGCAUCAGCAACAGCCCUGCGAUCUACCCGCUUCUCUCAGCCUGUGAGACCUUCAAGGAGAUCAUCAUUGCAGACUGCAGGGACCAGAAUUGCCAGGAGCUGCAGAAAUGGCUGAAGCAGGAGCCUGGAGCAUUUGACUGGUCUCAAGUGGGGAAAUACAUGUGUGAACUGGAGGGAGGCAGGCACAAGUGGACUGAGAAAGAGGGGAAGCUACAAAAAACCAUCAGCCAUAUCCUAAAAUGUGAUGUCCACGAAAGCAAGCCCCUGGGUCCAGAUGUUCUCCCUCCGGCUGACUGCCUGGUGUCAUCAUUUUGCUUGGAAACAGUCUGCAAAGACCAGAGCUCCUACCGCGCUGCUCUGAAGAACAUCAGCUCUCUGCUAAAGCCAGGGGGACACCUGGUGCUGAGCGGAGAUUUGGGCAGCAGUUUCUACAUGGUUGGUCCUAAAAAGUUCUUCUGUUUGGUUCUGACAGAGGAAUUUUUGAGGGGGGCUCUUAGUGCAGCUGGCUUUGCCAUUCAGGAGUUUGAUGUCCUCUCCAGGGAUGACGACACCAUGCAGGAAAUCUGCGAUUUCUCUGGCAUGUACUUCAUUGUCGCCCGCAAAGAGAAAGCGAUUUAAGUCCCUUGGAGAAUAAGUGGGACACAAAAGGAUCCCUCUAAAAUAGAAAUUAAAAUUAAAUUAAUUAAAAAGCUACAUUAUGCCCCAGAUGAUGCAUAUAUUCCUGCUUAAAAUGUGUUUCACCCUUUCCUGUGAAAAUACAAACAUCUCCUUAAAAAAUGAGAAAUUGCAGCAUUUGCAUGCGAGUGGAAGUCCCCAUUAGACAGGAGAGGAGCGCAGACUCUCAGGUGUGAUGCUAGUGUCUUAUGACCCUGAACAACAGGAGCAACAUGAAAAUUGCCUUGAGAGUGGCCAGGGUGUUGCUUCCACAUGUACUAAUCAUGAAUUGCUUAUGCCAGUCUAGAUCUUUUCAGGCCCUGGGUUCCUCAAGCUCUUGACAAACCUUUCACCAUGUCUGGAAGGGCACUGUAUAUGGGCACCCAAGAUGUGCCCUGUGGUUUUUGGUCCAAUGCCUGGUUUGUCUGAUCCUAGGCUUUGAUAACAGGAGGCACCAAUGCAAGGAACAGGAGAGGAAGUGGGUUGUGGGUCGGAUGGUAUUUGUUGUUUCUUGCAGAGAGUGAUUUGCCCUCUGGUCUGCAUUGAAAACAAUCAAAUAAUCAAUUAGAUCGGCUUCUUAGAACUAAUUACACCUGCCUGAAACACAAUAGUCCGCUUUAACUCUUGCAUAGAAAAUGCUCAUAUCCAGUAUAACAUGCAAACUAUUUCUGCAUGGAGUUCUCAUCUACGAAUCAAUAAAACAGAACUGGAAACUU